CAUGUAUUAUACUAUUAUAGACAGAGGGAGAUCCGCCAUAGAAAUUGCAGCCUCCAUUCCAAAAAUAUCUUGGCAAUACUCCCAUUUUUCAAAGGAGCUCUCUAAAAAAAAGGGUCCAUUUUUCUUUGUUCACUCCGUACACUUUUUCUUCUGUCCACACCUCCACAAUUCUAUUAACCGUACUAUUCCUUUCAUUGGCUGCUUUCACUGCCUUAUAGAUCUUGUCCUACUGUUUGUUUUGUGUCUUUCUUCUUUAGUCUUUACAACCCUCUUCUUUUUUUCUCAAAACAAAGCAUACAUAUUCUGUGUCAGUGUUACAUUGUUGUUGUUGGGACUUUGGAACUUCUGGGUCUAAAGUUUGUCUCUUGGUAUUACAAGCUGCCAAAGCUUCUUUCAAAGAGUAGUGUUUCCAAAGCCAAUCUGGAGGAGUGAGAAGGGUCUGUGGUUCCAUUGUUGUUGUUGUAGAAUUAAAAGGGAUUUUAGUUGUGUUUGUGAUUCUCUUUGGCCUGUUGGCUAUGGGGGACUGUGAUUCUACUAUUUCAGAAGUAGAAGGAGAAGAAAACUUAAUUGCUGCAGCUAGGCACAUUGUUAAAGCCUUGGGGUCAAAUAAGAAGCUUACAUUUAGUGCAAGGAAAACUUUGGCAGAACUUGGCAGCCAAUUGUCCACCAUGGCUGCACUAAAUGAAACAAAGGGUGUUGGGGUUAGUGAGAUCGAAGAUCGGCUUUAUGCUGUUGAGGAGAAGAUCUUGAGUUGGGAGGAAGAUCAAUCUAUGAUAUGGGAUUCAGGACCCGAAGAAGCUUCUGAGUAUUUGAAUGCAGCAGAUGAAGCCCGAAAAUUGACUGAAAGAUUAGAGAGUCUGUGCCUGAAUAAAGAUGAUGAUGAGUAUAAACUGUUACACAGGGCUCACAAUGUUCUUCAGAAGGCAAUGGAAAGGCUUGAGGAAGAGUUCAGUCACAUGCUUGUUGAGAACAGGCAACCUUUUGAGCCGGAGCAUGUGUCUUUUCGAUCCAGUGAAGAGGAUGUUUUGGAUGAGGGCUCAAUUAUCUCUUUUGGAGAUGAGUCGAUUGAGGACUCACUUCAGAGAGACAGUCUCAGCAGGGCCUCGGAGGAAUAUAUCCUUGAUUUGGUCCAUCCGGAUGUGAUCCCUGAGCUCAGAUGCAUUGCGAAUUUGAUGUUCAAUUCAAAUUACGACCAGGAAUGUUACCAGGCCUAUUCCAGUGCCCGUAAGGAUGCCUUGGAUGAGUGCCUCUUCAUUCUUGAAAUGGAGAAACUUAGCAUUGAGGAUGUGUUGAAGAUGGAAUGGGUUAGCUUGAAUUCCAAGAUAAAGCGAUGGGUUCGAACAAUGAAGAUAUUUGUGCGGGUCUAUCUUGCUAGCGAGAAAUGCCUCAGUCAUCAAAUUUUUGGGGAGCUCGGAGCUGUUUGUGUAGAUUCUUUUGUUGAGGCAUCUAAGGCUUCAAUGUUGCAGCUUCUGAAUUUUGGUGAAGCCAUGUCUAUAGGUCCUCACCAACCAGAAAAGUUGUCUCGCAUUCUUGACAUGUAUGAGGUGCUAUCAGAUCUUCUUCCAGAUAUAGAUGCUUUAUACUCAGAUGAGGUGGGUUCUCCAGUUAGAAUCGAGUGUCACGAGGUUCUAAGUAGAUUGGGUGAUUCUGUAAGGGCAACAUUUCUUGAAUUUAAGAAUGCCAUUGCAUCAAAUGUAUCAACAAACCCUUUUGCUGGAGGCGGAAUCCACCAUCUGACCAGAUAUGUUAUGAAUUAUGUCAAGAUUCUAACUGACUACUGUGAGAUCCUUAAUUUUCUCCUCAAGGACCAUGAUGAAGAUGAUCCCAGUUCCUUGUCACCUGACAUGAGUCCAACUAAGGAAGAGGAGAAUAAAAGCAGUAUCUCCCCAAUGGCUCGCCACUUGCGAUCAAUUGCUUCAAUUCUGGAAAGCAACCUUGAUGGUAAGUCCAAGCUAUAUAAGGAUGCUUCCCUGCAGCACUUCUUCUUGAUGAACAAUAUUUAUUACAUGGCUCAAAAGGUCAAGGGGUCUGAGUUAAGGCAUAUAUUUGGAGAUGAAUGGAUUCGAAAGUGCAACUGGAAAUUCCAACAGCAUGCCAUGAAUUAUGAGCGAGCUAGUUGGAGUUCAAUCCUCUCUUUGCUUAAGGAUGAGGGGAUUCAAAAUCCCGGUUCAAAUUCUAUCUCAAAAACUCUGCUCAAGGAAAGGAUUCGGAGCUUUUAUAUAGCAUUUGAGGAGACAUACAAGACGCAAACAUCAUGGCUUAUCCCAGAUCAUCAGCUUAGAGAAGAUUUACGGAUCUCAACAUCCCUCAAGGUGAUCCAGGCUUAUCGGACAUUUGUGGGAAGGCAUGGUAGUCUCUUAAGUGACAAGCAUAUUAAGUAUACUGCUGAUGAUUUAGAGAGUUUUCUUCUGGAUCUCUUUGAGGGAUCUCCAAAAUCUUUACAAAACAGCCAUAGGAGGUAAUAAGCAAGUUCAGUUUCAUUCCAGUUAAGUUCCUGUCUUGUGUAUGUAGUCUGAUUUGUUUGAAAAUGUUCAUAGUUGUAAGUUCUUUGUUACCUUAGAAUACAGAUUGUACUAAGCAAAAACAAUGUGAAACUGGUUUGUGACAUGGUUUGCAUCUAUAUGACUCAAAUCUAUCAA